AUGGGAAGCUCAUCAAUGUGGAUGAGACUUGUGCUGCCGGCGCUGCUCGUCGCCACAAUGUCGGCCCCCGUGGCGGCGACCCUGACCCUGAUGCCGGGAUGUGUGGAUAGGUGUGGGAACAUCAGCAUCCCCUACCCCUUCGGCAUCGGCAAGGACGGCGGCAAGGACUGCUUCCGCAAGGGCUUCGAGAUCUCCUGCGUCAACAACUCGGUGCCGGUCAUGGCGGGCGCCGACAAGGACAUACAGGUGCUGAGCCUGUCUUUGUCACCGCACCCCCAGGUCCGGGUGGUGCUGCCGGUGGCAUGGCAGUGCUUCAACGUCACCGGCGACCAAACCGGGGUUUUCAACGGUGGGGUGGGUGUGAACCCGGAAGGCGUGUACCGCCUCUCUAGCGACCUCAACCAGCUCGUCAUCCUCGGCUGCAACACCUUCGCCUACAUCAUGAGCGGCGAGUCUGGGCGCUUCAACUACCAGUUCUACACGGGGUGCGUGGCCGUCGCCAACGACGCCGGCCAGCCGCAGGAUGACGCGUGCAACGGCAUCGGCUGCUGCAGCGUCGGCAUCCCGCCAGGGCUCACCGACAACGUGGUCAACUUCAGGAACACUGCAAUCUGGUCGCAUGCCGAUCAGGAGUUCUGCCCCUGCGACUACGCCUUCAUCGUCGACAAGGGCUACUACAACUUCAAGAAGGACGACCUCCUCCACAUGGACGUCAACCAGACCAGCAUGCCCAUGUCGCUGGACUGGGCCAUCCGCGAGAACGGCUCCCUGACAUGCGCCGCCGCAGCUUCGGCGCCGGGGUACGCCUGCAAGAGUGUCCACAGUGAGUGCUUCAACUCCAAGAAUGGGCCUGGCUACAUCUGCAACUGCACCAAAGGCUAUGAAGGCAACCCCUAUGUUGUCAACGGAUGCACCGACAUAGAUGAAUGUGCACGUCCAGAAAACUAUUCUUGCCGCGGUGAAUGCAAGAACAUCGACGGAGACUACAAAUGUGACUGCCGUGCGGGUUAUACAAGCCCCAACCCAUAUACUGAAUCCUGCAAUCCUAAGUUCCCAUUGCCAGCACAGAUUUCCAUAGGUGUAGUAGGUGGUAUUCUUCUCUUGGCAUUCCUAUCAUUCGUCAUCAUCAUCCGCAAAGAGAGGCGGAUGAGGCAUGAGUUAUACAGAAAGAAUGGUGGUCCUACAUUAGAAAAAGCUAGUAUUAUAAAGCUUUUCAAAAAAAAUGACCUCACACAAAUCUUGAAAUCUAGCAAUAUAAUUGGAAAAGGUGGCUUUGGUGAAGUUUACAAAGGUCUUGUCGAUGGUGUACCGGUCGCUGUAAAGAAACCAAUUAGUGGCAAUCAUAUGGAGUCUAGCCAAUUUGCAAAUGAAGUCAUCAUCCAGUCUAAAGUUAUCCACAAGAACAUCGUUAGGCUCAUAGGUUGUUGCCUAGAAGUGGACACCCCCAUGCUAGUGUACGAGUUCAUAUCACAAGGAAGCAUGGAUGACAUUCUUCAUGGUGGGGAGAAGAAGCCUCUUGGCUUGGAUGCGCGGAUUAAUAUUCUUGCAGAAGCAGCACAGGGUCUAGCUUAUAUGCAUUCACAAGCCAACACGGUUAUCCUGCAUGGUGAUGUUAAGCCAGCAAAUAUUCUCCUCGAUGAUAAGUUUGUGCCCAAAAUAUCAGACUUUGGUAUAUCCAGAUUGAUUGCAAGAGACAACGAACAUGCUGCUUCAAUCAUCGGUGAUAGAACUUAUAUGGAUCCAGUGUACAUGCAAUCAGGCUUGCUGACCGCAAAAAGUGAUGUAUACAGUUUUGGAGUGGUGAUCCUAGAGCUCAUUAGUAGGAAGAAGGCCACUCAUCGUGACAAUAACACCUUAGUGAAUAGUUUCCUUGAGAAUCACAAGAAGGGGAAAAAAUCAACCGAGCUAUUUGACACGGAGAUCGCGGAGGGAGCUGAGGACCUUCUUCAAAACCUGGCAGAGCUUGCUAUCAAAUGUCUUGAACUUGAGGUUGAUCAAAGGCCGACAAUGACAGAAGUUGCAGAACAACUUGUCGCAUUUACUCGAACCCACCAGGUGUGAGUCAAGUGUCACCAAAGUGGGCGUGAGUCUGAACAACUUG